AUGAGCCAAGGGCCGAGUCUGGUACUGGACUGGCUUUCCAAACUCUACUUAUCCCAAUACGUUGAGUCCUUUAUUGACAAUGGCUACGACGAUCUGGAGGUUUGUAAACUGAUCGGCGAGUUGGACCUGGAUGCUAUCGGAGUAAGGAUUCAGUAUCACAGGCACCAGCUCCUGACGGCGGUACGGAGACUGAACCAGGAUGGAAAACGCAAAUCCCCGCCAUUUUAUUUCACCUUGGAGCCUGCAAACGGUGAGAUGCGUCCAAAGCAUGCGCAUGCGCACAUGAACAAAGAUGAGACUUGUCCACAGCGCGCGCACAUGGACAAAGAGCAUCUCAGAUCACAAACUUUGGCUGUGGCGAAGCAUCUGGAGUCUUGUCCCAAGAAUCAUAACCUGAAGCUCAUGGAUUGUAAUGACUUUGUGAUGUAUCCCAAGCUCAGACUGAAAGUUUUGAUUCGGAACAAACUGGCAAAAGAUGGAAUUAACCUGCAGGAAGCGCCCUACACACAGGAGGAUGGCUCGUUGGGCUCGCUGCAGAGCCUUGCGCAGCAGUAUUCGCAGUACUACGGGACGUGUAUGAGCGACGUGAGUGAGAGGAUGGAGGAGCUGCGCAGACGACUCCAGGACACAGAGACGGGCAAAGUGGAGUCUCUGUCCAUGUCUCUACAGCUGCGCUCCCAGAUCCAGGACUCCCUCGGCCUCAGCAGCAACACGUCCACUCCAGAGCUCCACAGAAGAGUUCUGAUGCAUAAGUCCAGCUCUGACAAUGGAUCAGGAGGGAAAGAUGGCAAAAGAAGAAGCAGGUCAUUCUGGCAAAGCUUCCGAAAAUCUCAAAAAGGAACUCAGCGGCAUGUUUCAAAAGGGGAUGAUGUGGGCUUUGUGGCGUCCGAGGUUACCAUGGGCGAUGAGGAAAGGAUCCAGCUCAUGAUGAUGGUGAAGGAGAACAUGAUCUCUAUAGAAGAAGCUCUGGCUCGGCUAAAGGAGUUUGAGAGCCAGAGCCGACUGACCUGUGGCUCAGAGGGCAGCGAGUGGGUGGAGCCUGUCACUAACGAGCCCGUCAAUCCUUGUGACCUGUCUGAGGAGGAGGACUCAGUGUCCUUCAGACGGCUCCACAAACUCGUACACUCCACUCGGAAAGUGAAGAAGCUGAUCAGAUACGAAGAGAACAGGGCCCACGGAGAAAUUACGGAGGAGAGGGGGACCCACAGAGGACCCACGGAGGAGAGGAGGACCCACCGAGGAGAAGACCCCCAGGCGCCGGACAGCGCCCCCCGUGGCAGUUUUGUAUAUUCAGGGGUCCAGAGGAAGCUCCCCUCCUCCCUGUGCCCUGUGGAACAUCUGAUCUCUUCAGACAGGGACACAGACUCUUUCACAACAUCGCCCUCUUCUGGCAGCCUUGACACCUGCCACCAUCCAGAGCCAAGCUGCAGCGCUGUGCACCAGCCAGGGGACAUUGUAGACCAGAGGCAGGAGCGGGACGGGGCAGAGAGGGAGACAUGUCCUGCAGAGAAAAGGGAGGAGUCAAGGAUAGCGCGGUCACUUACAGAUGGAGAACUGACACAGAGAGUGCUCAGUACAGUGAAUUUACAUGGGAGGGCCUGCAGCUUUGGAGGAUUUGAUCUGACGAACCGCUCACUGCACACGAACAGCUCUGAUGGAGAAAACACUCCCAAACUGGAUGAGGACUUGCUGAGAGAAGGUCUGAAGUCGUCUCAGACAUCUCGAAUUUCUUUGGGCAAAAAAGUGAAAUCAUUGCGAGACACAAUGAGGAAGCACAUCUCCAAACGAUACAAUUCCUCCCUGUCUCCACAUUGUAGUCCAAAGUGGGCGACACCCCCCCCUCACUCCCCCCACACAGAUACUGAUCCUUUGAACAGACCUCGGCUGAAGCCUGGAGGGUCAGUGGAGAGUCUGCGGAGCUCGCUCAGCGGUCACAGCUCCAUGAGCGGGCAGACGGUGGGUACCACAGACUCAUCCCACAGUAAUAGAGAAAGUGUGAAGAGUGAGGACGGAGAGGAAGAGGAACCUCCAUAUAGAGGGCCCUUCUGUGGACGAGCCCUAGUUCAUACUGAUUUUACCCCCAGCCCCUACGACUCCGACUCUCUCAAACUGAAGAGUGGAGAUGUUGUAGACAUCAUCAGCAAGCCUCCUAUGGGCACGUGGAUGGGGAUGCUGAAUGGGAAAGUGGGCACAUUUAAAUUCAUUUAUGUGGACGUGAUCAAUGAAGAGCCGCCCAAACCCAAGAAGAUUCGAAGGAGGAGGCGAGCGCCACAGCCCAAACCCACAUCUGUGGAGGAGCUGCUGGAACGCAUCAACCUCAAAGAGCACUUGCCCACUUUCCUGUUUAAUGGGUACGAGGAUCUGGACACAUUUAAACUUCUGGAGGAAGAAGAUUUGGAUGAACUGAACAUCAAGGACAGUCAACACAGAGCAGUGCUCCUGACCGCCGUGGAGCUGCUGCAGGAGUAUGACGGCAGCAGUGACCUGGAGCGCGGCAGCCCCUCAUGCCAAUCUCAGGACAAACUUCUGCUGCAGAGACAAGGACUUUUGGGAGACUCACCCAGAGACUCGGGAUGCUAUGAAAGCAACGAGAACCUGAACCAGAGCCAAGAUGGGAGCGCACAGUAACCCAACAAUACACGCCCGAACCAAGAUGAUUUGGGAGUUGGUUUUGCUUAGUUUUACUGUGGAGUUUUGCAGUUGCUUUUAUGGAUUCACUGCUUGAGAACUGACUGGAAAGAAGACAAGAAACAACCUAUUCACAAGAAAUAAGAACAUGAAAAUACUUAAUUUGAGUAGGAUUGACUUGUUAAGUUUA